AUGCAGCCAUUGGAGGGGCAGGAGAACCCGACCUUCGCGUCCGUGGCGGAACCCGCGCCGCUGCAGCGGCCGCACUGCAACCAAUGCCUCGUCGCCAUUGCCGACUACGAGUGUGAGCGCUGUGACCAGCGCUUCUGCCGCCAGUGCGAGCUGAAGAUCCACCACCGACUCGAAGAUCUGGCGCUGAAGCGGGAAGAGAGCAAAAGCGACGGACGACCACAUCAGGAAUGUCUCAAGUGGAUCAGUGCUUGUCAAGAGUGUGGCGAGAACACGCUGGAGUUCUUUUGCCUCAAUUGCAACAUGUACCAAUGCGAGAACUGCUGCGCGGCAAAGCACCGGCAGCUGGGGCCGCAUUUCUUCUUUUGUGUCGAAGGUUCGUCCCCGAGAAUGUUCCCGUUUGCCAGCUGGAACUUGAUGUUUGCGGAAACGGUCAAGAUGAGCAAGGGCGCCUUGCAGGACAGAGCUGCAACCAGAGAGGUGGCAGUACCCACGACUCAGCAACCUGUGAGGAAGUCGACAAGAGCGAAGCACAGUGGCUCGGAAGCAGCGCGAGUUAAGAUGGAGCAAUCCGUUGCAGCUUCGACGACGGGUGCUACGACUGCGGCACUGGAGAACCUGGUCAUUGAUGGAUCUGCUGUCCCGGACGACGCGCCACAGCCUGUGGUUGAGCAAGGCAAGAGCAAAGCGAACCGCUUGAUCAGCGCAUUUACGUCGUCAAUUGUCGAUCUGACUCUUGACGACAAAGGUGAUGCUAGUCCUGGUGGCGCGUCUUGGAAACCAACUGAGCUACAGAUUAAAGAGGAGAUUCGGAUUAAAGCUGAAGAUGCGUGGUUGAACUCAGCCGCCGCUGCUCACAAUAAUCUGGCGUUCAACGUAGACGAGCUGAUGGAAAAAACAAUGGGCGAGGACGAAGACCCGAUCUUGCGCUCUAUGAUCAGCGAAUACAAUCAGCUCAGCGCUAAGAUCUUCGACAUUGACCAGGAAGCUGACGCUGUUCGCAGGAAAAUUAAAGAGCUGUCGAGCACUCAGCCGUUUGACAUGCAAGAGGUGACGAAAGCUCGCGUUUUGGCAAAUAAACUCCGCAAGGAAAAAGCCGAGUCAGAGAAGUCCCGAGAUGGAGUUGUGGCCAACGUCGUCUAUUAUUUAAAGUCUGAUCCAGACGACCUCAAAGAAUUCUUGGCGACCUGCACAGCAGAAGUCUCGUAUGCGCAAACCGCGUGUCACCGCAAAUGCGCCACACUGGAGGCAAGCAUCCGCCAAAACUUGGAAAACAUCCGGAGGAUCCAGCGUGACAUGGAGGAAUUGAUCAACAUGAAGAAGGACGCGUUUGCAGAGGUCACUCGUCUUGGGGCUGACAUUGCUCAAGGAGAGGAAGAGGUUCGCAAAUUGGACAUGCAGCGGCAGGACGAGUUUUUGCGUCUAUGUCAGUUCAGCAAGUCGAUCCAGACCGCUGUGCAGGAGAUGGCCGCGUCUGCUCUGUAA